AUGGGUCGAGAAGAGAUAUCAAGCCUUCAUUCCGAGGUCGAACUGGGCUCGGCUUCUCGGACCGAGCAGGCCGCGGCCGAAGAUCAUGAAAUCACCGCAAGGGACAAGGUGGAUGCACCCUCUGAGCCGCCAGAGGCGCAUACAUCCACCACAGAGGGUCAGAACCAUGCCUCCGUCAGUCAUCCACCUACAUCGAAGCAGGGCAGUACUCACGAGGCAUCUGCGAAUGGUCAGAUCGACACGCCCUCAUCCUCGACCAAGCGCAGGCCUGGUGCUCCCGCUAGAUUAUCCUUCAACCCUAUGCAGAGAGACUUCAGUAAUGCGGGCAGCACGACUUCUAGAACUUCCGCUGCUGCAUCUCUCGGCACGCAAAGCUCAGUCUCGACGCAGCUUACAGUGCAGGAUCCAAACACUGGUAGGGAGCUACCUGUAGAGGUGUCUGUGCAUCCUAGCAUUGUGGCUAGGGCUCGAGAGGAGGAUGUAGCACAUAGGAAUACGCUCGAUGAAGCUCGUGAUGAUCGUAGGAGCAGCGACGCUAGCUCAUCACGUCAGCCUGGUGCUUUGCUCAAAACUAUCGCUAAACCGUUCAGACUGCGGAUUGGAGAGUCAAGGAAGAGCAUGACGAGCGAAGAGACGAGCGAGGUCGAGGAGAAUGACGAGCAUACAGCUGCGUCGUCCACGGGAUCCUCGUCAGCGGGCGCCAAGACAGUCGCGCCUGAUGCUGGCGAUGCUGAUGGGACUCAGAGCAUACAUGUCAAGCUCGACUCCGAGCAGCAAAGAGGCCCUGGGGCAAAGACGAGAAGUGGACUUCCUUCGGUAGGCGCAUCACGCGCGCGGAGCAAAUUGGAGGAGACAGCACGCCGAUCGCGGAACCAGACGAUUGAAGCCGAAGCGGCCGCUUGGAAUGCUCCGGACGAGGCGACACGAGCUGCGACUGGUGUGGAGGUGCCGGGCAUGGUCUCGCCUCGAAGCGAUGCGGAAGCGUCGUCUGCUAAUGCAGCAGAAACGCGGAGCGAAGGGGCGACGUCCCCUCGCAGAUCGGAUGCCAGUGAAGAGGAUCAAGGACAUAGCCGGUUUCCUUUCCUCCCCUUCGUAACGGACGGCAAGAGACCCUCUUUACCCUUUGCGCACCUCCCCAGACCCCUCAUACCCACCAUCUCAUUCCCACUGCAAGGCACUGGCAAGGGCAGCGAGUAUUUUCAGAGCGAUCCCAUCUGGGCAAAGUAUCCUUGGAAGGCGCUCUACUAUACUUAUUUUGGUCUUUCGGUAGGCUUCGUCUAUUUGCCGUACUUUGCCCUCAAGUCCAUCCCUCGAUCCAAGCGCGAGAGAACGGGAUGGUCUUGGAAACAGAGCACAAUGGUGGAGCUUUUUGGGCACUCUACCAGGCUGACCUUUCGCACGCAUACCAAUUUCGCUCGAGAUCUUUCCAAGGAGGUACCGCACAAUCGGACCAUUCACUCAAAAUUCGUGUGGGUGGAUCCUCUGCCUGAUGAUCACAUCAAGGGGGAGAUCCGGAGAGCGAUGGAGAUCCAGAAAGUCGAAGCUGUCAGAACCUGCGGCUUCUGGUACGGCGAUGCGCCCGAUACGCCGGACAGAAAGGUGGAGUACGCGACGGGAAGAAAAGCGAAGCCGGAUGAGCAGGUCGUCUAUCACCUGCACGGAGGAGCUUAUUGGAUCGGCACCGCUCACGAGGACGAUGUGAGCGCAGCGGUCAACAAAAAGGUCUUGAGCAAGCUUUUCCAUCUGAGAGACUCGCGGGGUGUGCCUACAGAUACGCCAUGGACACCUGGCAAGCCACGAGACGCAAGCAAACGCAAGCGAGCCAUGCGCAGGUUCAGAGCUGCUAAAUUUGGCAAUCCGUUUCACGGAUCUGCGGUGGCGAAGCAGCGAGAUGGAGAGAGCCAGAGACCUAACGCUUCGAGGGCUACAUCCACAGCAUCCGAAGCAGCUCAAGCUAAGCUGACUAGGACCUUUUCGCUGGACUACAGAUUGGCUGUGCCUGGCCAAUCGUCCAAAGGCUCGUAUCCUGCAGCUUUGCUAGAUGGCCUUGCCGGCUACCGAUACCUCGUCAGAGAGUGCGAGUUUAAGCCUGAAAACAUCAUCAUCGCGGGAGACUCUGCAGGUGGCAACCUGGCCCUAGCCAUUUGCCGAUAUUUGCGGGACGAAAAGAUCGACGAGAUGGCAGGGAGGUCAGUUCACAUGGGCGCAUGCCCCCUACGCUCUCGCAGCUCGUCGCUGACAGUGCCUCUGCUCGAUUGCACAGCUUGCUGCUUCUUUCACCAUGGGUCGACACUUCUCGAUCCCACGCAGGUCCGCUGACUGCACCCAACAAAAUGUCUUCCUCUUUCACGAACAAGAACAGCGACAUUAUACCCACGGCUGUCGGCUUUCGAAAUACGGCAGUUUCGGCCCUUUUGGGUGACUUGCCAGCAUCUGAAGCGUAUCGCAACGGCUACUUGUCAUCUUGCUCGCUACAGCUAGACGUGCAUGGUCCGCAUUGGGGAUACGAAGGUUUUCCAAAGCGCAUUUAUAUAUGUUCUGGAGAUGCAGAAGUAUCUUAUGACCAACAUCAAACGCUGGCGCACCGUCUAGCGAGCGGCACGAGGCGAGGCAUACCCAAAUACGUAGGACAUGCGUUGAGCAAGGACAAAGAUCCUUUUGAACUGGCUGCUAGAUUGAAAUACCCCAGACCUCAAGAGUCGGCACAGGCCGUCGCAAGAGGGACGCCCCUUGUCAAUCUAGACGUGCAAUUCCCGGACCGGUUCACGCCCGCUUGGAGCUUGCACCAACAUCAAAAUCACUUUGAGCAGCAAUUUGAAGAACACAAUGAUGUCACCGAGAAUUUUAAUACGACAAGCAAUGGAAAACAUGUGGAACAGACCGAGAAGGAGCAGGAGACUCAAAAAUCUAGGGCGGGCAGGCGUGAAAAGCCUGGAGCGAUACAAUUGGGCGAGGAGAGGACCGUUUGGCUCGACGAAUGUCGAGAUGCGGUUCACGAUUAUCUUUUGUGUGAGUGAAUUUCUCCCAGUCUUUGGCGUCUCGGUCAGCGCCGAGAGAGACCUGUUCCUUUGUCUUGCUCACUCGCUCUCUUCCACAGUUUCGUGGUGGGGCAAGGAUCGUGAAGAUACUUGGGAUCGAAUUGCGAAAUGGAUCGAGGAUGGCGACGUCUAG